ACCGAAUUUGUAGAAGCCAAACGAGUCUCCAGUGCUCAAGAGAUCUUACAUUGUCCAACAUGAGUAGUAGUAACAAGCGCUCAAGGCUUAGUGGAGAUGGAGUUGCAUCCAAUCGCUCCCAGACCAGCGCGAAUGCCGCCGUAAAGCCACGGCUAACUCGGGCUUGUGCCGAGUGCAAGAAGCACAAGAUCAAAUGCUUUGUGCAGCCCGGUCAGACAGCAUGCAACAAAUGUUUGAAGAGCGGUGUUCAUUGCGUCCCUCACAACUUUGCCCAAAAGUAUAUAGACGAAGAUGCUGUGUGGAAAGCGCAAGCAUCAGCGACGAUUGAACGCCUCCAAGAUGCUGUCCAACAUCUCUUGCACCACAAUAAUUUGCCGGGGCUUACUGAGGGUACAAUAUCUGCGCUGCACCCACUGUCAGAACGGGACCACGAAGUAUCCAAGCAGACACUGUCGCCGUUUAGCACAGUUCACCCGGAAUCUGUCGGCGGCAACUUCACCCCUGAAGGCCCAUCAGUUGGUCUCCGCGGGCAUCAAGAUGAUUCAGACCUUAUCCCCUUCCCGAUGAACAAUCUUUACAAUCUCACCGACCCAAACAAUUCUCAGCUGAUCCGCGUUGAUCCCGCCGACGUCAACGGGCCCGACUUCAUUAGCCAAGGUGUCCUUCCAGUCGCCGAGGCAGAAUUACUUUUUGAUCACUACCGAAACUACAUCAAUCUCCUGCUGUGGGAUGGAAUGCUCUGCUCGCACAAGUCCCUACACGAGGCGAGGGAGUCGUCGUCCUUGCUAGUAGCAGUGGUACUCACCGUUGCUGCUCUGCAUAUUCCUAAUCGAGAGCAGUCUCUACAUACCACAUAUGGCGCAUUCGUGAGACUGAUGAGAGGGUCAUGUUUGUUACGCUGCCAGAACCUGGAUGUGAUCCGUGCUCUGUGUAUCGGGGCUUUCUACCUUACAAGCCUGAGCUGGGCGCUCAGCAGCCGAGCUGUACGAGUGGCAACAGAGAUGAACCUUCACAAAUCAUCUCUGCAAUUUGCUCGGGGCUCUCUCGAGUCCUACGAGCGCGUGCGACUCUGGUACGUCCUCUACGUUUGUGAUCAUCAGUUUGCGUUGGCGUACGGGCGUCCGCCCUUGAUGCAUGAAGACGCAGCUAUCCGCAAUGCUGAAAAGUUUCUAGCCAGUGGUUUGUCUUCAAAGGGUGACAACAGCCUUGUCGCCCAGGUUAAGCUGUUCCGGAUUCUGGCGAGCGGGUACUUCAUGCAUGGCUGUGACCCCGACCUCGAGCUUAGUACACUAGAUUUUGAGCAACUGAAAGAGUUCGACAUAUCCGUGGAUCAAUGGCGUCUCGAGCACCGGUUCAAGGAAGUCGGGUCUGCAAGAGACAGUUUGAUUCCACCCACAGCAAAUACUCUCUACUACCACCUCGCCCGCUUUCAACUCAACUCGGUAGCUCUCAGAGGCAUUUCAGCAAGGGAAACUUCUCGGGAUGCCACCCCUAGUCUCAACAUGAAUUGGGAUAGACAAGAGGCGUCCAACAUUGCCAUCAUGACCGCCAUGAAUACGGCGAAGCUUAUUGUCGACGAUGGUAAUCUUCAAAAAGCGUUUAUCAGAUUACCCAUCUUCAUACACGCCAUGGUUGCAGUCUGUGCAUCAUUCCUCCUCAAAAUGGCUGUCGUAUUCGGCGAGCCUGAUUCUGGCAAUGUUGGCACGCUCCAUCUUCCCAAGGAUCUCACUCAGUAUGGCUUGAACUUUCAUACAAAGACAGCACUGUCAAAUGUGGAGCACCUGGUACGAGUGCUAGGCCAGCUAGCAGACAACGCAAGCCAGCGGCACGUCGCGAGACAAGUUGUCACAGGGUUGGUGGAACUGCUACAACGGUUCUCAACCAGCCGGGAUACAAACAGCUACCUAUACUUAUUGCCGCGAAGCAAGGACCUGUUAUCUGUGCCAGUGAAAGGGUCAAAGCGAGAAUGGACUGCAGGGAUCGAAAAAGGGGCGUCAGAUCAGAGGCACAGUUGUGGCAUCGAUUGCACGUACCUUGAUGUGCCAGACAGCGAGGGCAAUGACACGGUACAAUCUGACAACGCUGGCCAGCAAGAUCCAUUUGAUCUUACAGGCGACUUAGACUGGCGCUUUGACGAUGGCUUCCUUUUUGGAAUUGAAGGCAUUGAUACUGAAAUGACAUUUCUGUAAACCUGAUUAAUAUGGUGCGUUGAAGGAAUGUUCCUUUCAAAGAUGUACUAUAUGUUGGGGAUAAGAAUUACAGUGGAUGCAAGAGAAUUUGCCUACUUCCGGGUACAAUUCACGACUCUUGGUACAAAAUAUCCCAUAAUGUGUCCAUGUAUGAUGUUACUAUUUAUUACUAUAUCAUAUGUAAAGCUGAAUACUAUUUAUAAGUGUAUUCAAGGGUCUCCGCUGGCGUGGAAAUACAUUAGUCGAGUUAUUAGCUGUUGCUGGGCUUUGAAUCCUUCCCUCAAAGCACUAUCUUCAUAAAUAAUGAAGCAUUUUAUAUUUGUUUGAAGCAGUAUUAUACACGUUGCAAAAGCAGCGCCAUGUCACGUAAAACUUUUUUG